ACACGGGACAGCGAGGACUGACGGGGAGGGUGGCUCCGUCUCCAGCGAGGGGUUUUCUUUUUUCUGUCGUCGAUGCCCCGAGAUAAGAAGUGGGAAUACUAAUCAUUCUCAGGCUGUGUAGACGCUGGAGAGGAUCGUGACUGUGCUGCUGUAGUCUUCUCUCCACAGAUGGCUCUCACUGGUUAUUGCUGCAGCCAUUUUGGAAUUUAAGCAACUCUUCGCCUCUGCUGGACAGUCGGAUCAAACCUCUCACGUCACAAAUCCUUCCUCAUGAGGAAAGAUGGGGAAUGGAUUGUCGGAACAACCUAGCUUCCUGUCAAGCGUCCCGUUCUUCCAGUCGUUUCACAUCGCCAUCCUUGGGCUGGACUCUGCGGGGAAGACCACCGUUUUGUACCGACUGCAGUUCAACGAGUUCGUGAACACGGUGCCCACCAAAGGUUUCAAUGCGGAGAAGGUCAAAGUGUCUCUGGGCGGACACAGGACUGUGACGUUCCACUUCUGGGACGUCGGUGGUCAGGAGAAGCUACGCCCCCUGUGGAAGUCGUACACGCGAUGCACGGACGGCAUCAUAUUCGUGGUGGACUCUGUGGAUGCGGAGCGCAUGGAGGAGGCCAAAACGGAGCUCCAUAAAAUCGCCAAGACCUCCGAAAACCAAGGGGUGCCCCUGCUGGUGGUGGCCAACAAACAGGACUUGAGACACUCCCUGGGAUUGGCUGAUGUAGAGAAAUUGCUGGCGCUGAAAGAACUGGGCCCUGCAACUCCUUGGCAUCUGCAGCCAGCCUGCGCCAUCAUCGGAGACGGGCUCAGGGACGGCCUGGAAAGACUCCACGACAUGAUCCUGAAAAGGAGAAAGGUGCUCCGGCAGCAGAGGAAGAAGAGAUAAACCCGUCACGAGAUAGACUUGUCUGCUGUUUUAAUAUGUGAAGGAAACAUAAAGGAUUUUUCUCCUGCUUCCACUGCAGGUCCAGAUUCAACACGCUGAGUUUUAUCAGUCCAAAACUGAGCUUUAGGAUUCCUGCUCUUGGUCUUGUGAUGAUGCUGUUGAUCAGGAAGUGACACAGAGGAAUACAGUAUGAAGAUGAGAAAGUUUCAGACAUGUGUGGAUGCUAUAAAGAGUUUAUAUGGAUUUAAAUGCACAGAGGGUUUGGGGUCUGGAAAGGUGAUAGAAGUUGUUUUAAGGAUGCUGUACGUUUCACGAAUGGCUACCGGAAGUUCCAAACAAUAUUACCAAAAAUAAUUUAAGAAAAGGCUUUGACUCGUUGAAGGGUUAUUUGGUAAAUGAUUCCACAUUGAUACACCAGAGAGGGCAAUGACAUGAGCAUCAGUUUUAUUUUUACUGUUUUGUAUGUUGUUAUCAUAACUUGUUAAUUUUUCCUUUUUUUUUUUACACUGGACUUUCUCUGUGAAAGAAAAGUAUUAUCAUGCAUUAUAGCAUUAUUAUGGAUUUGCUUGCUGUCUUAUAUCUUGAUUUUUAAAAGCACUUUAGAGUAUCACUUCCUAUGAGGUUUACAGUUUUUAAAUAGAGAAUAUUGUGUUGGAUUUUACAGAAACGUUUGGGCGAAAUACAAAAGAUUCUGCUGUACAGUAGGUCGGCCAUAUUGUUAUUAGACAGAUAUAUGCAUUAUGUUUUGCUAAAUAAAACAUUUAGAACAACGUUCACAA